ACCUUUGAUUUUUUUCCUUUUUUCCCCGUUUCUUGCCGGUUUCCCCCCGCGGUGCCCGGCAGCAUGGGGCUGCCGGCGCUGGAGUUCAGCGAGUGCUGCUUAGACAGCCCGCAGUUCCGGGAGCGGCUGCGCUCCCACGAGGCCGAGCUGGACAAGACCAACAAGUUCAUCAAGGAGCUCAUCAAGGACGGGAAGUCGCUCGUCGCCGCCCUCAAAAACCUGUCGGCCGCCAAGCGCAAGUUCGCGGAUUCCCUCAACGAGUUCAAAUUCCGCUGCAUCGGCGACGCUGAAACAGAUGAUGAGAUCUGCAUAGCCAAGUCUCUGCAGGAGUUUGCCACGGUGCUGCGGAACCUGGAGGACGAGCGGAUGCGCAUGAUCGAGAAUGCCAGUGAGGUGCUGAUCACGCCGCUGGAGAAGUUCCGCAAGGAGCAGAUCGGGGCUGCCAAGGACGCUAAAAAGAAAUAUGACAAGGAGACUGAGAAGUAUUGUGGUGUCCUAGAAAAGCACUUGAACUUGUCUUCUAAGAAGAAAGAAUCCCAACUUCAGGAGGCAGACAGCCAGGUGGACCAGGUUCGACAGCAUUUCUAUGAAGUCUCUCUAGAAUACGUCUUCAAGGUGCAAGAGGUCCAGGAGAGGAAGAUGUUUGAGUUUGUGGAACCUCUGCUGGCAUUUCUGCAGGGGCUUUUCACAUUCUACCACCACGGCUACGAGCUUGCAAAGGACUUCAGUGAUUUCAAGACAGAGCUGACAAUCAGCAUCCAGAACACAAGAAACCGUUUUGAAGGAACAAGAUCAGAGGUUGAAGCUUUGAUGAAGAAGAUGAAGGAGAAUCCUCAUGAGCACAAAAACAUCAGCCCUUACACGAUGGAGGGUUAUCUCUACGUGCAGGAGAAGCGUCACUUUGGGACUUCCUGGGUGAAGCAUUACUGCACGUACCAGAGGGAAUCGAAGCGGAUCACGAUGGUACCGUUUGACCAGAAAUCAGGAGGAAAAGGGGGAGAAGACGAAGCUGUUACCCUGAAAUCCUGCACGCGGCGGAAAACAGACUCGAUCGAGAAGAGGUUUUGCUUUGAUGUGGAAGCUGUGGAUCGGCCGGGCGUCAUCACCAUGCAGGCGCUUUCGGAAGAAGACCGGAGGCUGUGGAUGGAGGCAAUGGAUGGCCGGGAACCGGUGUACAACUCGAACAAGGACAACCAGAGCGAAGGCACUGCCCAGCUGGACAGUAUCGGCUUCAGCAUCAUCAAGAAGUGCAUCCAUGCUGUGGAAACAAGAGGGAUCAAUGAGCAGGGUCUCUACCGGAUUGUUGGAGUAAACUCCAGAGUUCAAAAGCUGCUCAGUAUAUUAAUGGAUCCCAAAACAGCCACAGAGACAGAUACAGAGAUCUGUGCAGAGUGGGAGAUCAAGACCAUUACUAGUGCACUGAAAACAUACCUGAGAAUGCUCCCAGGGCCCCUCAUGAUGUACCAGUUUCAAAGGAGCUUCAUCAAAGCAGCGAAACUGGAGAAUCAGGAGUCCAGAGUGUCAGAGAUCCACAACCUCGUUCAUCGGCUCCCGGAGAAAAACAGGCAGAUGCUGCAGUUGCUCAUGAACCACUUGGCAAAAGUUGCAGAUAAUCACAAGCAGAACCUGAUGACUGUUGCUAAUCUGGGUGUGGUGUUUGGGCCGACGCUGCUUCGACCUCAAGAGGAAACAGUCGCUGCCAUUAUGGACAUCAAAUUCCAGAACAUCGUGAUUGAAAUUUUAAUAGAAAACCAUGAGAAGAUAUUUAACACGGUGCCAGAGACUCCGGCGUCGAACUCACAGCUGCUGUUAUCCCGCAAGAAGAGCAUGGACUCGAAGCCUCCCUCCUGCAGCGAGCGGCCGCUGACGCUCUUCCACACGCCCCAGCCCAACGAGAAGCAGGAGAACAGGAACAGUAUCAUCAACUCCAGCCUGGAAUCCGUCAUCUCUUCAAAUGUAAACAGCUUCCUCAACUCCAACAGCGCUCCCCAGCCCAGCCUGAACUCAAGUGAUCUUGAACUAGAAGUAAUUAAACCCAACAGGCCAAAUUCCCUCCCUCAGAAUCCAAGCCCAACGUCACCCCUCUCACCGUCCUGGCCCAUGUUCUCCGCGCCAUCAAGUCCUAUGCCCACCUCCUCUACGUCCAGCGACUCAUCCCCCAUCAGGUCUGUUGCACAAUUCGCUUUGCUUUUUGUUGCUUUUGCUAUUUCUAGUGCUGGAUGGAGCUGGCUGCACGUGGUCGCCCCUGGGCACAGCAGGGGGUGCUGGUCUGUCUGGGUGGUUUUGUACCAACCUCUGCCCUCUCUUUGCAGCUCCCCACUGCGCAAAGCCCGCGCGCUCUACGCCUGCAAAGCCGAGCACGACUCGGAGCUCUCCUUCACGGCUGGCACCGUGUUUGACAACGUUCACCCAUCCCAGGAGCCUGGCUGGCUGGAAGGGACCCUCAAUGGCAAGACAGGAUUGAUCCCUGAGAACUAUGUGGAGUUCCUAUAACUGUGGGUUUGUGCAGCGCCACUGCUGAGUGUUCCAUGGUAUCCAUGGCGGAGUCCUGCAGGCCCCUGUGUGACGUGGGGUGAGGACAUCCCUGUGCCCGCUGGAUGGAUGUUUGUGUGGAUCAUGACAUGCUCCUCUCCUCCCGGUGUGUGCUCCAGGGCUGCAUGGGAGCAGUCCUGGGGAGAUGGAGAGAUGCCUGAAGCCUGCAUCCCAGUGAUGAGAAAACCAGGAAAGGGACAGCUCCACACUGCAACCAAGUGCUCCAAGCGGCUGAGCCUGCAGACUGUGAAUGGCACAAGAGCCCCUGAGCAGGAUGUUCCUCACAGCAGGACCGUUCACUGGCUGCGUGGAGCAUCAGUGGGAGCUGGGGGACCCCCACUCACCAGUGUUCCUGCCAAGGAGGAGCGACCAGCAGCCAGUCCUGUGCUCCCAGAUCCUUCCCUGCAUUCCAACCGGCCUGAGCGACACUCUCCAUGCUGCCAGGGAGCACCCUGACCUUGGGGGCAGGGGAAGGGUUGGGGUGCUUUCGGCUGACACCAAACCCCAGGCUGGGGCUGCAGCAGCGCUUUGAGGGGGCCGAGCCCCCGUGGUGACUUGGGCAGCCCCGGUGAGGCGACCGCCCUCCUCGUGCCACCGCAGUGCCGGGUCUUGCAGGCGAGAGCGAGCCCUGGGUGGGCUCUCUGGGGGCUCAGGGCUGGUGGGGCUCAGCAGGUGCUGGCAUGGCAGAGUAAGGAUAUUUUGGACCAAACCUCUCGAGCUCUUUUUUUUUUUGUUUUUUUUUUUUUUUAAGGAUUUUGAUUUUUGUGAGAUAAACCUCAGUGCUGGGCGAGGUGAGCAGCCCAUGCUGCCUUCCUGGUGCAGCCCCAGACAAACCCUGCUCCUGUUUUUUGGCUAUUUGGUACCUCCACUUCCUAAUUCCCAUUGCACAGACACAUCCAUGCGCCCACCAGUGCCCAGGCUGCUGAUGUGCCGUGUUGAAGCUGUGUCUGCCACUCUCCAGCGCUGUUUUUUAGGCAUCUCCUUGCUUGCAGCCUGGUGUGUUGUCUGUCUGUGCCAAGUCUGUGCAGUGCUGCUUGUACAAGGUGAAUUAUUUCCAUCCUCACAGAGCAUUUGCUGUUGGUGUGGCCAACCUAGGGUCUGUGGAAAGGAGGAGUCCUUCAGCUCCAUCUGCCCUCAGAGGAUGCUCCUGCCUCCGUGGACACACUGUGAGGGCUCGGCAGAGCGAGUGUGCAAGUCCCUCAUCAUUCCAGAUCAUUUUUAUGGGGGAGGGUGGAAGAAGGAGCCCUGUUUGACUGCAGAGCCAGGAUAUUGAGAGCUGGAAUUAUUAUAUUUUAUAAAAGAAAGUCUCAAAAGAACCCCCAGCCCGCAGUGGUGAGUCCUGCACCAAAGCGCCGCUGCCGCCGCCCUGGGGAUGGAUGUCGUGGCUUUUUGUAAUAAUUUUUAAGACUCUGAGUGACUGAAUUGCUGUAUGUGUCACUUUUUAUUUUUGAAAGAAUUAAUGUAUAAAUAGAGUAUCUUAAAAUAUUAUGAGGGAAAGAUCUAUAUUUGAUAUUUUUAGAAGAGCUGUAAUGAGAGAAGUGAAGGACAUUUGAAACCGGUCACAGAGACGCUCCCAAACACCCUGAUCCCCCACCUCCCCCAGCCUUGGGCUGCUGCUUCGUUUGCUCUGUGGUGUCACUGAGAGAAGAGGGAGCUGAAAUUUCAGCCUUCUUCACGUUUCUUCCACAGUAAUUAAACUUCCUGGGCUUUUGUCUUGGGGGAAAAAAAAAAAAAAGAGGAAAAAGUCAAUCAUUUUUUUUCUGCUUUCUGGGGCAGGCAGCACAGAUUGUUCCCAGGGGAUCACACCCUCUCCAUAACACCCCAGUGCCUUGAGGGAUGCUCUGGGCUCCUCACCUGCCUGGUGUGGUUUCAGCAGGGGUGAAGUUCCCCACCUGCCUGGUGGUCUCUGCUCUGAAGUGUUGGAAGAAGAGGGUGAGAGGUUUUAGUGUUUCAGUGUUUCAGUGGCACAUUGCUGGUUCAUGUCCAUCCUUGGAUUUAAUAGUCAACAUUUGUGCUGUUUCUUGGUUUUCCUGAAGCUGAGGAUGGGGCCAGUCUUUAUCCAGUCCUGGCAUCAGAUGGGGCUGGGCUUUAUCCAGCCCUGGCAUAAGAUGAGGUCUGGCUUUAUCCUGCCUCGGCAUCACUCCAUGGCUGCGGCUGGUGCUGGGACCUUGGGGUGCUUGGAGCUGGCACUGGCCCUGCCUGGGGCAGGUGUAACAAAACACCUUCCCAGAGGGUUAGGAGAGGGAUGGGAAGGACUAAUGGAAAGGAUUUUUUUUAAAAUGCUUAAUAUUUCCUGUCACCACUCUUUGCUUUUGUUUGGGACUGUCCCAUCCAGAGCUGCUCCUCCAUCAUCACUCCUGCCUUCACGGGAUGCUGCCAGAGCAGAGAAUGCUGUGGAUGAAUGGGAAUUGCAAACACGCCAAAACCACUCCAAAAGGCACUAUUUAGGGACACGGUAUUUAAGGGCCUGUUUAGCGAUGCUGUGUGAGCACCAGCACAGCCCACCCGGUGCCAGGGGGCUGUUGCCAGCCGUGUCCCCACAAAACCUUUCCAUGCAGUGUCCCCCUUUGGCUCCUCAGAUGCUCCCGUUACUCUGAGACGGGAGUAAGUUCCUUUUCCGAGGCACAUGGGAGCUUUUGGAUGUGCUACCUAGAGGGUUUCUGGGAACAAAAGUCCCAUGCAGACAUAUUUACAAGACGUCUCCUGGAGGAAAGGGAAAUCAAGCCUAAGUUAUUGCUCUUACAGGAGAGCCAGUGGAAUAUUUUUUUUUUAAUUAAAACUUUCCAAAAAGAAAAAUUUGGCUGGAACGCUUACUAAGUGUUCCCUUUUUGGGCCAGCUUUAAUAGUGUCGUAAACAUCAGUUUAUUCCAAGACAAAUUAAAGAUAGGAAAUACUUUUUUAAACCAGCCUGACAGGGCAUUUGAUGCUUAAUAUUAAAGUCAUCAGUCAAAGUUAUACGAAAGCUGGGUGGUGGCAGUGCCCAUGGGCAGAGCCUCUCUCACGGUCCCUGGCCUGUCAUUUCGGGCAUUAAACCAAAAAAAAAAAGAGAUGGUGCAAUAAUAUCUGUUGGAACUGACAUUGGACAAGUCUCACAGCGCAGCCCUGCCAUGUUUCAGGUCAAGGACACAAGUCUCACAAGUUGGCCAUGGCCAGGCCACCACGGGCCAGCCUUGGUCCCAGUGUCCCAGUGGCCACUGACACAUGUGGUGUUUCUGAGGUCCCCACAGGCCUGUGGUCAGGCUGCCCUUGUCUCUUUACUGAUUUUUGGGAGUUUUGAAUCAGCAAGUGAAGCAACUCAGAUGGUUUGAGAGCGCCCAGACUACUCCCAGCGCUCCUGUCACACCUCCCAGUGCCCUGCUGGGCGCUUUGGGUGGGGUGGGUUGGAUCAGGUGGGGUUUGGGAUUGUGUUGGGUUGGGUUUGCAUUGGAUUUGGGUUGGAUUUUACUCGGAUUGGUUUUGGCUUGGUGUUGGGUUGCACUUGGAUUGGGUUCAAUUUGGUUUGGGAUUAGCUUGGGUUGGAUUGUGGUUGGAUUAAUUGGGUUGGGCUGGAUUUGUUGGGUCGUGGUUGGGUUUGAGUUGGGAUUAGGUUGAGUUGAAUUGGGUUUGGUGUUGUCUUAUGGUUGGAUUGGGUUGUGUUGGAUUGGAUUGGGUUGGAUUUGGGUUGCAGUUGGACUGGGGUUCCAAAAAAAGCAUUCAAACCCCCUGGUUCAUUGACAGCAGUUCAGCACAUCGAGGGAUCAGGUGGGUCUGUAGCCAAGGGAAGACUUUACCUGCACAAACCCAGAGCCUGGUGGUGGAGGGACAUGGUAUUUUAUCAGCGAGCGUGUGGUAUUUUAAUUAUUCUAAUGAACCAUAAACCUCAAAGCAAUUAUAGUUUGUACAUUUGGGCUAAUUCAAAAUUUUAGCUUUUGGGAAAUAAAGAUUAAAAGCAAAGGGUUUUUUUUAAGAAAUAGCUGUUUAAGGCUCUAUUCUCUGGGUGAGGAGCUGAUUGUUUGCAGAUGAGCUCGGCAAAGCAGCUGGUAAUUUAGCACAAUGCUGACGGCUCACAAGGUAGCACCUACCUAUUACUUAUUGUAAAUCCUCCCUCCUGCUAAUGAAGCUUAUUCUGCUUCUAAACCUCAGACAAAAGGGUCUAGAAAAAUCACACCUGGGCUCUAAACUCACUGACGCAUGCAGGAAGGGGGAAAAGUCUGCAUCAGCCGGGUGUCCUGGAGACCAGCCGUGGGCUUGGAUUAGGAGGGGAUGGCAGAACAAGGUCUGGAGGUGGGAGUGAGGUGGAGUUUGAACAAACCCAUCUCCACAGGGAGAUUUCUGUGUCCCUGCUGCCGUGGGUCCAUCUCUCUGGGAGACCCCGCAGCCCUCAUUGCCUCCUGCCUGCUGCUCCCCCCUCCCUGCCCUGUGCUGGGGUCCAGCUGUUACCCAGGGCAAUCAGAUAAUUAAAUAUCUGCAGAUUGGUCAGAGCUUUCCUUCACAACCACCUGUGAGUGAAGAGCGGUGGAGGAGUGACGGGUGGUGAGAGAGGCUCUGGGAAUGAGCCCCAGAAGGGCCGAAAGGUAGGAGUGAAGAAACCCUCGAUGAAAGCAUUUCCCUGGCACAGGGGGCUGGAAGGGGCCUCAAAGACCAUCUUAUGCCACCCCCUUCCCCUAGACCAGGUUGCUCCAAGCCCUGUCCAACCUGGCCUUGAACACUUCUAGGGAUGGGGCAGCCACAGCUUCUCUGGGAAACCUGUGCCAGGGCCUCGCCAGACAGGGAAGAAUUUCUUCCCAAUAUCCAAUCUAACCCUACUCUGUCAGUGUGAUGCCGUUCUCCCUUGUCCUGUGACUCCAUGCCCUUGU